AUGUCGCCUCCUCAUGUGGUUAUGAUCGAUAACUAUGACUCCUUCACUUGGAAUCUGUACGAAUAUUUAUGCCAGGAAGGAGCCAGAGUGGAUGUGUUCAGAAACGACAAAAUCACCCUUGAGGAGUUGGAGAAAUUGGACCCCGACACUAUUGUGAUUUCUCCGGGUCCGGGACAUCCCAUUACUGAUGCUGGGAUAUGUCCAGAGGUGGUGAAGCACUUCAAGGGAAAGAAGCCGAUCUUUGGAAUCUGUAUGGGACAAGAGUGCAUCUACUCUGUUUUCGGUGGUGAUGUGAAGUAUGCCGGAGAAAUCGUCCAUGGAAAGACGUCUCCAAUAACGCACGACAACAGGGGAAUGUUUAGAAACGUCCCCCAGGGUGUUGCUGUGACCAGAUACCACUCGCUGGCUGGGUCCAAGGAGAGUCUUCCAGCAGAGCUGGAGGUGACCGCUUCCACUGAAUCUGGAGUCAUCAUGGGUGUAAGACACAGAGAGUACACUAUCGAGGGUGUUCAAUUCCACCCAGAGAGCAUAUUGACAGAAGAGGGCCAUCUUAUGAUCAAGAACAUUCUUGGAGUGAAAGGCGGCUACUGGAAAGACAACGUUGCGACGAAGAGCUCGACCAACGGUAAGACCUCCAUCCUCAACAAAAUCUACGACCAAAGAGUGAAAGACUACGAUGUCAUCAUGGCUCAACCGGGCAAAUCCUUCGAGCAACUACAAAAAUGUGUGGAUCUGGGUCUGGCCCCGGCUUUGAUUGAUUUCAAGGAACGUUUACUGGUUAACAUCUCUAAAGGCAACGCUUCAGUGCUCUCGGAGAUCAAAAGAGCGUCUCCAUCCAAAGGCGAUAUCCAGCCCGAUGUAGUUGCCCCAGAACAAGCCUUGAAAUAUGCAAGAGGAGGUUGUGCCGCGAUAUCUGUAUUGACCGAGCCACAUUGGUUCAAGGGUUCUUUGGACGACUUGAAGUUGGCUCGUACUGCCAUUGAUUCGAUACCCAAUCGUCCUGCGGUGUUGAGAAAGGAGUUCAUUUUCAAUGAAUACCAGAUACUUGAAGCCCGUCUUGCUGGUGCUGAUACCGUUCUUCUUAUUGUGAAGAUGCUGUCGCUCGACGAACUUACAAAAUUGUACAAGUUCUCAAAGAGUCUCGGUAUGGAGCCAUUGGUGGAGAUCAACUCCGCUUCCGAGCUGGAGCUGGCUCUCAAGGUUGAUGCUCAAGUGAUCGGUGUCAACAACAGAAACCUUCACGACUUUGACGUUGAUCUUAACACAACAUCGAAAAUGAAGCAGCUCCUAAAGGAAUCCAAGAACGAUGUGAUAGUGGUUGCAUUGUCUGGAAUCAGCUCUGUAGAGGAUGCGAAGAUGUACAAGAAAGACGAUGUUGCAGCCUUUUUGAUUGGAGAAGCCUUGAUGAGAGCAGGCGAUAAUGCCGGAAAGUUCAUUCAAGAACUAACAGAGGCAUGA